AUGAAUGUCAACAGGGAUGCCGAAACAGUCCAAGACGCAGGAGAAGCAGAGGCAAGAGACGGCGACGCCAUAGUCCCUCUGCUGUCGUAUGUGUCCAGUCGAGUUACCCUAACCAACGAGGAACACCAGUGGGCUGUGGCCAUCAAGAAUGCCAUUGUGCAAACCGGAGACUUCACCUUGACGGAUUUCUGGUACGCUCAGCUGGCCAUCAUCGACAAGGAUGACACUGAAGCAGCGCUGGAAAGGGCACACAAGAUGCAACAUUUUUUGCAGGAGAAUGAUAUUGCUGAUAAUUUGGAAGAAGGGGGAUUUGUUGUGACAGAGCUGGCAAAAAUGCUUCCAGGGUAUCUGUUGGGAUGGAGCCAAACCCCUGAUGGGCACCAGACCCUUGUUGUCGACUCUUCCAAACUCGACCUCAGGAAGAUAUCAUCCCACAGCACGGGCAUGCGGACAUUUUUUGGUUCCAUGUACUAUCUUCACACUGCUCUGAAUCCAGAUUUCAAAGCUUUACGCCAAGGCACUGUUGUUAUGUUGGAAUGUGAAGGCAUUUCGUGGCACACACAUUUUGACCUAGACUUCAUAAGGAAGUACUGGUCAGGGUUUGGUUCUGCGUAUCCCAUCCAUUUCCAUCAGUUCAAGCUAUUUCACACAGGGGUAUUCGUCAAUAUGGCAACUGCAGUGACACGGGAAUUGCUGCCCAGAUAUCUCCGACGCAAAGUUGAAUAUGGAUGUGUUUCGCCUUUGGGUAGACUUGAUUGCCUUUACGCAGUGCCAGACUUGGAGGCUUCCACUGAUAGGUUUUUGGCGAGAUUUAAAUGCACACUGCAGCUCCGGUAUGCCAAUGAGGCAUCCUUCAAACUUAUGUGA